GCGAGGGGCCCCUCAACGAGUUCGCCUUCUCGCCCGACGGCCGCCACCUGGCCUGCGUGAGCCAGGACGGCUGCCUGCGUGUCUUUCACUUCGACUCCAUGCUCCUGCGCGGGCUCAUGAAGAGCUACUUUGGGGGCCUGCUGUGCGUGUGCUGGAGCCCCGACGGGCGCUACGUCGUGACGGGCGGCGAGGAUGACCUGGUCACCGUGUGGUCCUUCACGGAGGGCCGCGUGGUGGCCCGCGGCCACGGCCACAAGUCCUGGGUCAAUGCUGUGGCCUUCGACCCCUACACCACGAGGGCCGAGGAGGCCUCAGCAGCCAGCGGCGAUGGGGACCGGAGUGGCGAGGAGGAGGAGGAGGAGGAGGAGCCUGAGGCGGGGGGCACAGGCUCAGGCGGGGGUGCCCCACUUUCCCCGCUGCCCAAGGCCGGCUCCAUCACCUACCGCUUCGGCUCGGCCGGCCAGGACACGCAGUUCUGCCUGUGGGACCUCACAGAAGACGUGCUCUACCCGCACCCGCCGCUGGCUCGCACCCGCACCCUCCCCGGCACGCCUGGCACCACGCCCCCGGCCCCUGGCAGCAGCUCCCGGGGGGCCGAGCCCGGCCCCGGCCCCCUGCCCCGCUCCCUGUCUCGCUCCAACAGCCUUCCACACCCCGCGGGCAGCGGCAAGGCAGGUGGCCCCGGCGCCACCCCAGAGCCUGGCACGCCUUUUGGCGUCGGCCGCUUCGCCACGCUCACGCUGCAGGAGCGGCGGGACCGGGGGGCGGAGAAGGAGCAUAAGCGCUACCACAGCCUGGGCAACAUCAGCCGGGGCGGCGGCGGCGACAAGCCCGGCGGCCCCACCCCCCGCAGCCGCCUGGACCCCGCCAAGGUGCUGGGCACCGCGUUGUGCCCACGCAUCCACGAGGUGCCGCUGCUCGAGCCCCUGGUGUGUAAGAAGAUUGCCCAGGAGCGGCUCACGGUCCUCCUCUUCCUGGAGGACUGCAUCAUCACCGCCUGCCAGGAGGGCCUCAUCUGCACCUGGGCCCGGCCGGGCAAGGCGGGCAUCUCCUCCCAGCCAGGCAACUCCCCCGGCGGCACAGUGGUGUGAAGGCGCCUGGCUGUAACCCUCCCUGCGGACUUCACGGAUCAGCUAUUAACAAGACUAACGAGACUGCUCCGCCCCGCCCUGCACAGACCUGGGGGGCAGAGGGAAUCCCUCUGCCCAGACCUGGGGGUGGAGGGGCUCUUGUGGCCUCAGCCUUGUCCCCACCCACUGCCAAGUACGACGACCCCCUCCUCGGAAACAUCAGUGUUAGCUCUUCCCUGUCCCCAGCAUGUGGCUGGUCGCUUCGGGAGACCCCUGCAGUGUCCAGUGGCCGGACUGGCCACCCUGCUAUUGUUUGUGCGUUUGAAGAGUGUUAAAUUAUGGAAGCCCCUCGGGGCCCUCCCUGG